AUGUUAUCUAUAUCACGUCACUUGGCAAGAUCUACUGUCCGCUCAUAUUCUACUGUUGCUGCCACUAGCACUCCUAAGAAAGUUGGUGCUUUCAGAGGUGGAUUUGUUGGUUUUUUACUUGGUGUAACUGCCACUGGGGUUGUAUCAUACUAUUAUUUAUUAGACCAAUAUAAAUUAGCCAACACCGUUAUAGUUGCUGAUAUUGUUUCCUUACAAAAUUCAAUUUCAAGUUUGGAAAAACAUAUUAAAAAUUUAGAAGAAAAGAAAUAA